AAGGUGUUGUGUUUGUUUCCUCUCUUGCAAAGUCUCCAAGGCAGAAGAGAGGCGCAGGCACCAGGCUCUCACUCUAAGCUCCUCCAUCGCCCAAUCGCCGCAGCCACCGCUGCUAAGCGCAAUCGCCGCCUGGCUCCGUAGUGCGUGGUUCAAUUCCACCACUUCUUCUUCUCAGGUUCCUUUGUAUUUCUGGGGCUGUUUCUGACAACGUAAGCUGGCAUAUACUUUCUAGUUGGUGUUUGGAAGAAGACACUGUAAAUAUUGUGUUAUAAGUGAAUCAAUGGAGCUGAAAGUUUCGUCUCCCAAACCUGAGUCUGUUGCACCAUCUGAUUGUGUCAGUGAGCCAGAGGAAAAGGAGGUGAGUGAAGACGAUGAUGAUGAUCGUAAUCAUAAGCAUCGAAGGAGGGAAGCUCGCUCUCAAUCUUUGGAGAGAGAUGUUUCAGAUCCUGUUAUUAAUAGGCCAUUCAAAAAGCGUAACAAAACUUUUGGUAAUAGGCAUCCCUUCAGGGUAAAUGAAUCACAAGCCUUUGAAACACUGAAAACUUACAGCGAUGCCACCUCAGAUAAAGAUAUAUACUUCAAGUUUGAUAGAAGGCGCCCUGGCUUGACUUCAGUUCCUCGACCACCUCUGGAAAUGAGUCAAAGACUACGUGGAAACCCAUCUUUUCCUGGAGAUCCUGGUGUUGGCAGGGGAAGAGGCAGGGAAUCUGGUUUUUGGAAUCAACGUGAAUCUAGGUUUGGCUCAAUGGAUGUUGCUUCACAAAUGGUUCCACAAGGGUCCAUUCCACCAAGCCUUUAUGCUGGACGUGGGAUACCCAAUGUUUCAAAUGCACAAAAUGCAUCGUGGAAUACAUUUGGCUUAAUUCCAGCUGUGCCCAAUGGUGGUCUAGAUAUGCUUCAUCCAAUGGGUUUACAGGGAACGCUCAGACCACCUAUUAAUUCUUCUUUGAAUGUGAAUAUUUCUCGCCAACGGUGUAGAGAUUUUGAGGAGCGUGGAUUUUGCCUUAGAGGGGACAUGUGUCCUAUGGAACACGGUGUUAAUCGGAUUGUCAUUGAAGAUGUUCAGAGUCUUUCACAGUUUAACCUUCCUGUUUCACUUCCAAGUGCACACUUAAUUGGAGCACCUGCUGGAUCUGAAUCUUUACAUUCUGUAAAUGCUUCUACCACUUCGAUGAACAACAAAUGUUUACCUGGAAAAGUUUCUAAGUCUGUAGUCAAUGAUGAUGGUUUGACAUUGGAUGGGGCUUUUACUGGUCCUGCUGGUUGCACAAGUGGAGCUGAUCUUUAUGAUCCUGAUCAACCACUUUGGAAUGAUAGUGGUCUGGAGCCUUCAAAUGCCCUCCUAACCCUUCAGUCAUCUAAGAAUGAGGAAACUGAGCCCAUAUUGAAUGAUGCUCCAGAUGGUGAUUGUCCUGUUGGAGCUGCCAGAACAUCUAUCAGUUCACAGGGUGCCAGUUCAUCUGUAUGGGCCAGAAUUGGUAGUUCAAAAAACAGAUUUGACAUAAAAGAAAAAACUAACACUGCAAUGGGUUCCUUUCAUUAUCCUGAGAAUCAAUUAAAGGAAGAUAACGAUGAAUUAGUUGGUGCUCACAAUGCUUCUUUUCAAGUAAAGCAAAAUAUAGCAGAUGAUGCAGACCCAAAAGCCUUGGAUGUCUCUUUGAAAGCACAAACUGAUAAUAUGCGUACUAUACGAAAGUCAUCACAAAAGGCAUUGCGUACUCUAUUUGUAAAUGGAAUACCUCAUAAAAGUAACAAGAGAGAGGCACUUCUAGCUCAUUUUAAGAAGUUUGGGGAAGUUAUUGACAUUUAUAUUCCAUUGAACAGUGAACGAGCUUUUGUGCAAUUCUCUAAGAGGGAAGAGGCUGAAGCAGCUUUGAAGGCACCGGAUGCUGUAAUGGGUAAUCGUUUUAUCAAGCUAUGGUGGGCUAAUCGUGAUAGUAUUCGCAGUGAUAGUACCAACACUGGGAAUGGCAUGAUUGUAACUCCCCGUGGGCAGGCACCUGCUUUUGUUCCAUCUCAUCCUGUUGUCACUGAUAGGGGAAAAGACAUCCAUCAAGCUGAUGCUUCAAAGACUACAUAUGAAGUAUCAUCACCCACUGAUCAAUCUAAGCCUGUCAUCACUGAUGGACUCAAGGUUCCGCCUCCUUUGCAGAAGAAGCUUGUAAACUUGGAGAAUCUAAAGGAAGAACUGCGCAAGAAGCAGGAAAUGCUAGAUCAGAAGCGCAAUGAAUUCAAGCGCCAGUUGAACAAAUUUGAGAAACAAGCUUCUGGACUCAAGGGUGAAUUGUCUAAUGAGCAAGCUGCCAAGAGACUCAAAUUAGGCACAGCGUCUGAUGUUGCCAAACUGGCUUCUCCUCCUCAAUCAUCGGAUACUGAAGGUGGUAUGACAUCCCCACACACAGAGGCAGCAGCUGAUAAGAAUAAACAGCUGGUCAAUACUGUACCCCAAAGUCCUAAAACAAGUACAGCAGCAAGACUGCAAGAACCUACAGGCUUGAAGCACCCAAUUCAACCAUUAAUGCCUCUAAAUAGAUACAAAUUGGACAAUCGUCCUGCUGCAUUUCGUAUCAUCCCACCUUUGCCAGCUGGUCUAACUAAUGUUGAAGUUUUGAAGGAGCACUUCUCACCUUUUGGCGAACUUUCCUCCGUAGAGCUAGAAGACGUGCAAACAAAUGAUAGUAUCCAACAAGAGGCUCAUAUAACUUUCACUACUCGUUGGGCAGCUGAGAGGGCAUUUAUUAAUGGUAAAUGUUGGAAUGAACAGAAUCUGAAAUUCAUGUGGUUGACACCAUCUAUUUCUAGUAAUGCGACCGGUGGUAGAGAACGAUCUCAAUCUGCUCCCAAGGAGCCCUUAGAUUCAGAUGACUAUUCUAAAGAAAAAUUAGGAAACUCUGUGAACCAAGAAGUGAUUGAAUCAGAUGGCGAGAAUAGAGAUUCUGAAACUAGAAAUGGUUUGGAGCAUGUGGAAAUGGAACCAAAUGAAGAUCCCCAGUCUACCACAAAAGUUUCUUCUCCCAAACAGUCACCCGAGGGGAGUGUCUGUUAAGGAUCUACUAAUGGUCAGAUUUGUACAGCAAGGUAAAAUUUUAAAUCUAUCAAACUCUAAUUUUCAGGGGCUUAUUUUUUGUUUCUAUUUUCAAUUUCUGAAAAGUUAUUAUUCCAUGUUCCUUUUUAAAUGCUCAGAGACUUGUAAAUUUCCUUCUUUUUGGCUGCCUCCUGUAUUUGGUGGUAUUAGUGGAAUGAUGCAUCAUGUAGUUCACUUUUAGGAUACAAGUUUUGAGGUUCAAAAUUCUGUUAAAAGCCAUUGAACGCUUACAUAACAAAUAUUCGGAAACCCUUUUCCCUUUAUGUCUGUAGUUACAGUGGAAAUAUAAUUGAAGCGGUUAGACACUUAGUUUGAUUG